GCUAUAGUGUUGUCCUACGGCAUCAUCUUGGAAGGCUGGCCGACGACUAUCCCAUUCACAUCCCCAUGGAAUAUCCACACCAUCUCCGACAUGCGAGCACUCCAUGAUGCGCUAAAAGGAGGGACCUGUGCAUGGAGGACAAUGUUGUGGUCCGAGCUCGAAAAAUACAAGGCGGACAUAGAAAGGCGGCAGGUUGAAGGUGAAGUCAUCAGGAAACCUCAUAAGAAACGUUCAGAUGUGGGUACAUCACGCAAA